UGAGAAUCGAUACUUGUUCAGUGACAGCUUUUGACCAACAAAGUUGUGAAAUGAAUAAUAUGGUGGAAGCUUUUAAAAUGUUUCAUAUAAAUUGAAUGACAGCAUUGCCGUUUCAAGCACAAGAAAACUACACAUCAAAUACGUACAAUUUAGGUAUCGAAUCAUAAACAUAAUAUAAUUAUACCCACGUUAAUAAUGGCGUCAAAUGUUCCUAAUUUUGAUGAGGAAUUCGAGAAAUACUUACAUCGCAUGUUCUAUAUCAAGCCAACAGAUGAGACGUCCAAAUGUGAUCCCUCAGAUAUUGAGUAUUGUGGAGUGCUAAGUCUAACUGACCUGCGUUCACCAGACCGCAAGUUGUGGUACAUCUAUUAUUCCAAACAAUCUGAAGUCGAUGAAACCCUAAAUCGCAUUUUCCAUAAAUACGGCAAAAAGAAUAUGUGUGAAAUUUUUCGGAAACCAACGUUUAGUGGCGUGGGAUUGCGUGACCGAGUAAAACGACAUUUCUGCGAUAAGAAAUGGUAUGUGAAAGGCAAUAUUCUAGAGGCGCCUCCAAAAAGUCCUUACAACGAUGAUCGUAUGGUUAGACUGUUAACUGAACUGUAUAAUGAGGAGCGAAAAAUGCUUUACAACUACGUUUGCAUGAAACACGAUUCGAUCAGCAAAUACUACUAAUAUUUAGGUACAUAGUAUAUUUAGAUUUACCAGCUCUGUGAUUCAUAUACAAUGUA